CUACAAUGGCCCAAAUCUGGUGUUGAAGUAUGACAGUUUUAAGAAGAGGCUUGUUAACAUUGCGGUUGACAACCGCAGUUCUCCAUACUAUGCACUCAGAGAUCGACAGGGCAAUGCCAUUGGAGUGACAGCAUGUGACAUAGAUGGUGAUGGCAGAGAGGAAAUUUACGUCCUUAACACUAAUAAUGCCUUCUCUGGGAGAACAACAUACACUGACAAGCUCUUUAAGUUUCGUAACGGCCGGUUUGAGGAUCUCCUGAAUGAUGACAUUAAUGAAAACCGAGAUGUUGCCAAUCGUGUGGCUGGUCGGUCAGUCGCAUGUGUGGACAGAAAGGGAACAGGUCGUUAUUCCAUCUACAUUGCUAACUAUGCCAGCGGAACUGUAGGUCCACAUGCUCUGAUUGAAAUGGAUGAAAGUUCAAGUGACCCGUCCAAGGGAAUCAUUGCACUGUCGAACGUGGCUGAGCAGGCCGGAGUCAACAAGUUCACAGGGGGACGGGGGGUCGUGGUGGGUCCCAUCCUCAGUCAGACCCUACCUGAUAUUUUCUGUGACAAUGAGUACAGCCCUAACUUUCUGUUUCGGAACAACGGGGAUGGUACAUUUACAGAUGUGGCGGCACAAGCGGGGGUUGAUGACCCGAUGCAGCAUGGCCGUGGAGUGGCGUUAGCAGAUUUUAAUCGGGAUGGGAAGACAGACAUUGUCUAUGGAAACUGGAAUGGGCCACAUCGUCUGUUCCUACAGCUCAGCAAUAAUCGCAAGCAAAGGUUUAAGGACGUGGCCACACAGAAGUUUUCCAUGCCAUCUCCUGUUCGCACUGUCAUCGCAGCCGACUUUGAUAAUGACAAUGAACUGGAAGUUUUUUUCAACAACAUUGCCUACAGAGGACCAUCAGCCAACAGACUCUUCAGAGUUUCUCGGAGAGAACACGGAGAUCCACAGAUUGAGGAGCUGAACAUCGGGGAGGCCGCCGAACCAGAGGGACGGGGAACUGGAGCAGCUGUGACUGAUAUUGAUGGAGAUGGGCAGCUGGAUCUUUUGGUGAUGCAUGGGGAAAGUGCAGCUCAACCCAUCUCUGUGUAUCGAGUCACUCAGGGCUCAUCUAAUAAAUGGCUCCGUGUGAUUCCACGCACACAGUUUGGGGCUUUUGCUCGUGGAGCAAAGGUGAUAGUCUACACCAAGCGGAAUGGCCCUCACACACGCAUUAUAGAUGGAGGAUCAGGGUACUUGUGCGAGAUGGAGCCAGUGGCUCACUUUGGACUAGGGAAGGAUGUGGCCACCAGUUUGGAAGUGUUCUGGCCAGGUGGACGUUCUGUGGCGAGACCUCUGGAGCCCAGUGAUAUGAACAAAGUGAUGGAGAUCCAUUACCCUGAGAAUGAGGAGGAGGCGACCCUAGUGGUGGAGAUUGAAUGUGGACCAGGAUUUGAGGUCAAUGAAAAUGGCCGCUGCACUGACCAAGAUGAGUGCACACAGUUCCCGUCUGUCUGUCCCUCUGAGCGACCUGUCUGCACCAACACCUACGGGAGCUUCAAGUGCCGUGCAAACAAGAGGUGUAACCAGGGAUACGAGCCUAAUUAUGAAGGGACAGCAUGUGUAGGUGAGUUGAGACUAAAGCCAGAUGGUUAUGGUGGAUUGAUAUAACAAGAAGCCACUGAGAAUAGCUGUUUGCCCUCAUUUCACAUAGGUAGGUCUGGAAUUCAUGGCAGCUUUCAUUGGCCAAGGCUUGCCCAUGAGGCCGUUUGUCAGACAAACAAUCACAAUUUGUUUCGUUCAUUGUUAAGUUUUGUGGUGUGGAAAUGUCACCACAAUAACAGACCGGUGUGUAAAACUCUCUGACAUAUUUUAAAGAUUCUAUGCCGCAAACUUUAAAUAUUUCACAUACUUUAGAAAAUCCAGUGUUCAGUGGAUUCUGAAAAGCGCUCGUCGUCACUGUUGUAAACACAGCGGCU